AUGGAUGAGAUCUCGCCCUUGCCAUCAUCCCAGCGGCUCAGAAAAUGCUUCCGAAGUUUGCGCCCCGCCAUGUGCUGGAGGUGGGUACGAAGGCAUGUUGUGACUGCCUGUGCCCUCUUGAUUGUCCUUAUUGUCCUUACUUUGGUCUUCUCGGCGGAAGCGCAAGGAUCAAGUUUGCUGCCGGAGCUUUCUGGUCUGAAGCCGCUCUCGUCAAAGGCGAAGCAGGCCGACGCAGGCAAGCCCUCGAACUUCACGACAGGAACUACAGGAACUACAGGAACGAGUGUUCAGGUGGCAUCUGGAGUGGUCGCCGCGAGCCCAUUCAAGGUGCCGGAUACUGAGCCUCCCAGAAGUCAAUUCUUGCCAGUGUUCCUGGAAGAGGAAGUGCUGCAGAGGAACACUUACCCGAUAAAGUUGAUCCCUACAUUCGAUGGACAGUGGACGGUGGAUGAUCCAACACAAGCUGUCUUCUACAUCGUGUGCUGCGGCCCUCUCGAUCGCAUGCUGCAUCUGCCGCUACGGACGCCCGAGCGGCCCUACUUGUGUUACGAUUGUGAUGCUGUCCUUGCCAUCGACAGGUUGGAAGGGGGCUGCUGGCAGAACUGCGCUGACAUCUGGGCUUUGCUGUCUCGGCGGGACUUCAUGUUUGCGUCGUCCGAUCUGCGGUAUUGGGACAAGGGCAAUGAUUCGGCACUGCCCUUGCCUGGUGUGACCUACGCUCACCACUACCCAAGGCCAGAGAAGCUGCAAGCGCUCAGAGUGCCACCAUCGAAUCCACCGAGGUAUUUUCUGACCUUCCAGGGGCUUUGGAAUGUUGGGAAGGGUGGCACAUGCUUUGUCCGCCUAAAUAUGGCCGCCAUUCUGAACAGUACGAACAAGUUACCAAAGGCAUUGAAGAACUCCGCCGGCGAGCCACUGCCGCUGCCAACAAAGAGUUAUGAACCUCCGUCAGAUGUCUUUAUAUCGAUUGCAGGCGAAACGCACAACUUAAAGGAGCAAAGGAACUACUAUUCGUUGUUCGAUUCUGCUUACAGCCUUGUCCUGCACGGGCAUGGCCGAUGGAGUUACCGGCUGAUGGAAUGCUUGAGUGGAGGAGCGAUUCCCGUCAUCAUGGCCGAAGGAUGGAGUCUUCCUUUUCAAGAGCUUAUCGAUUGGGAACAAAUCUCCGUACAGCGGCCAGAGUCCAUGGGCCUCGAUCCUCAGGGUCUCGUUGAGAGCCUGACUCGUGAUCCUGAAAGGAUAGCAGCCACUCGAAAGCGUGUUGCGGAGGUCUUCGAGAAACACCUUGGGACAUAUCAGAGCCGACUCACUGCCAUGCUCCGGGCCGCCGCCCUGUGGAAGCAGGACUGGCGGGAGCGGGAGAAGGGGACAUUGAGGAUGCUGGCAGAUGCCUUCGCGGUGCAGCGACCCGACAAGGUGUUGAGCUACCUACAAUCUGCAACAAAGCCGCCAGAGGCAGGCACUACUUCAUAG